AUGCCCAAAAGAAAGUGCACAUUUAAUGAAAAGUUACAAAGUGAAUACACAUUCUUAAAAAAAUGUCAAAAACCAGGACAAUAAUAUAAAAUUGAAUGUAUUGUGUGUGGAACAGCAUUCAGCAUUGAACAUGGUGGUAAGUCGGAUAUUACACAACAUUUAAAAUCGGAACGACAUAAUAUAGCUGCUAGAGCGUCUAAAUCUCAAAAAUUGUCAAAUUUUUUUUCUCCAAAAACACAAUUUGCUGAUAAAGAACAAAAAUUAGCUGCAGAUGAAGGAAUUUUUGCUUAUCAUACUUGUAAACACAGUCAUAGUCUCAAUUCUAUGGAUUGUACUUCUCAGUUAGUUCGUAAAUUAUAUGAGAAAAAAUUUACUUGUGGUAGAACUAAAAUAUAA